AUAUUUGCUCUAAGAAGUCUAAGAACGCUUCAUGAUUUUCAGAUUUCUUUCAGGUUCAAGUCGAAAGGAAAGAUGUUGGGUUUUUUAACUCUCUCCCUCCUUACAGUGGCGUUUGCCAAUCCAGCGGAAAAGACAGUUUGCGAACAUGAGCACAUGACAAUUGACUGCAGAGGGUUAGACAUCAAUAUAUUGAGCGCAUCCUAUGGCCGCACCCAACAAGGUGUCUGUGAUCGAGGGGGAAGCACAAACUGUCAUGCUGAUAGCUCCAUGAGCGUCGCUAGAAACAAAUGUCAAGGACAGACAAGGUGUACUUUGGACGCGAAGAACGAAGCGUUUGGAGACCCCUGUGUUGGAACCUUCAAACAUUUAACGGUGAAGUACGAAUGUGUGGAAAAAACUGUUCUCGUUCGCAUCUGCGAAGGAAGGUCACAGCUGAUUUCGUGCCCCGCUCCGAAGAAAAUCGAUAUCACGUCGGCGAACUACGGUCGUUUAACUGGUCCGCAUCUCUGUCCGGGACCAGUUAAAACCACAAACUGUGGAGCCGCAGGGUCGAUUGAUAUAGUGAGGAGCAAGUGCCAGGGAAAGCAAAGCUGCUUUUUGCAGGCAACAAACGGCCAGUUUGGCGAUCCUUGCGUUGGGACAAAGAAGUAUUUGGAGGUGAAGUACGAAUGUGUGGAAAAAACUGUUCUCGCGCACAUCUGCGAAGGAAGGUCACAGCUGCUUUCGUGCCCUGCUCCGAAGAAAAUCGAUAUCACGUCGGCGAACUACGGUCGUUUAACUGGUCCGCAUCUCUGUCCGGGACCAGUUAAAACCACAAACUGUGGAGCCGCAGGGUCGAUUGAUAUAGUGAGGAGCAAGUGCCAGGGAAAGCAAAGCUGCUUUUUGCAGGCAACAAACGGCCAGUUUGGCGAUCCUUGCGUUGGGACAAAGAAGUAUUUGGAGGUGAAGUACGAAUGUGUGGAAAAAACUGUUCUCAUGCACAUCUGCGAAGGAAGGUCACAGCAGAUUUCGUGCCCUGCUCCGAAGAAAAUCGAUAUCACGUCGGCGAACUACGGUCGUUUAACUGGUCCGCAUCUCUGUCCGGGACCAGUUAAAACCACAAACUGUGGAGCCGCAGGGUCGAUUGAUAUAGUGAGGAACAAGUGCCAGGGAAAGCAAAGCUGCUUUUUGCAGGCAACAAACAGCCAGUUUGGCGAUCCUUGCGUUGGGACAAAGAAGUAUUUGGAGGUGAAGUACGAAUGUGUGGAAAAAACUGUACUCGUGCACAUCUGCGAAGGAAGGUCACAGCAUAUUUCGUGCCCCGCUCCGAAGAAAAUUGAUAUCAGGUCGGCGAACUACGGUCGUUUAACUGGUCUGCCUCUCUGUCCGGGACCAGUUAAAACCACAAACUGUGGAGCCGCGGGUUCGAUUGAUAUAGUGAAGAGCAAGUGCCAGGGAAAGCAAAGCUGCUUUUUGCAGGCAACAAAUGGCCAGUUUGGUGAUCCUUGCGUUGGGACAAGGAAGUAUUUGGAGAUCAAAUACAGAUGUGACUGGUAAAGGAUUCCACUGAGUAUUCCAAGCGUCAACCAGUGAAAACAAGUGAUCCCAUGUAGUUUUUGUAGUUUACGUAUCAGGGACCAUUAAAAAUAAUUUUCGACGCCAA